CGAAAAAAAAACCAAGAUCUGAAAUUAGUUGUACCGGGUAUCUCGUCUAGUCGUUUGAGAUGACAGAAGAUGGGAAGUUCCGAAUUGAGAAGUUCGAUGGUACAGAUUUCAGUUGGUGGAAGAUGCAAAUUGAAGAUUUGCUGGUUCAGAAAGAUUUGGAUGUGGUUUUGGGUGACAAGCCAGAAAAAAUGUCGGAUGCAGAUUGGGCAGUUUUGGAUCGGAAAGCAAUGUCCGUGAUCCGUCUCUCGUUGACCAAGAAUGUUGCGUUCAACAUUCUGAAGGAGAAGACAGCGAAGGGAAUUAUGGACGCGUUGUCUAACAUGUACGAGAAGCCAUCUGCAGCGAAUAAAGUUUUUCUGAUUAGAGAGCUGGUGAACACAAGGAUGAGAGAAGGCACUUUAGUUACCGAGCAUAUCAACAAGUUGAAUUCGAUCUUAGCCAGACUUGCGUCAGUGGGCAUUAAGUUCGAUGAUGAAGUUCAAGCUUUACUACUGCUAUCGUCUUUACCUGAUAGUUGGUCCGGAACGGUUACAGCGGUUACCGGUUCAGUGGGGCCUGAUGGAUUCACCUUUGAUCAGAUUCGAGAUCUCGUUCUUGGCGAGGAUGUCAGAAGAAAGAAUUCAGGGGAAUCAUCUGGUGAAUUACUUCAUGUUGGUAGAGGCAGAAGAAAUAGCAGAGGUAGUGGGAGCAAGAACAGACAAAGGAGUCAGUCGAAGACUCGUGACAGCUCAGGUGUAACGUGCUGGAAAUGCAAGGAGGUAGGGCAUUUUAGGAAUCAAUGUCCGAAUGAUAAGAAAGUAAACAUUGCUCAAGGCUCUACGAGUGACGAGGAGGUCGCUCUGACUUGCUGUGAGGAAAACAAUGUGUAUUCCUGGGUCAUGGAUUCUGGUGCUUCAUUUCAUGCUACCCACAGCAAUGAAGCAUUGCAGAAUCUAGUUUUUGGAGACUUUGGAAAGGUACGACUAGCGGACGACAGAGCUCUUGAUGUGACGGGCAUGGGUGACAUGGUGUUGAAGACCUCAGUCGGUCUAUGGACUUUGAAGGAUGUCAGAGUGGUUCCAGCCUUGAAGAAAAGUUUGAUUUCUGUCAGGCAGUUGGACGAACAGGGACACGAGGUGAAGUUCAGAGAUGGGCAGUGGAAGGUCGUGAAGGGAAAUCUUGUCAUGGCCCGCGGAAGAAAGAGUGGUUCGCUGUAUAUGGUCGAGUUACCAUCUGAGGGAGUGACCGUCCCAGUUCAGAAGAAAAACAAAGUCCGGUUCACAGAGUCUCGUGGGCAGAAUAAGGUUGUCUGUGCAAGAGAGAAACUUAGAGCCACUGGUCAGACUCAGGAUGAACGAGCGUGGAAAGGUUCAAGGAGGCCAGUUAGAGGUAUUUGUGGCAGUGGGAGCUCAAGAGGCGCUUCAGCCAAGUUGCCUAGAAGACAGUGGGUCAGGAGAACUAGUAUUCCAGCUGUUGGAACAUCUCCAGAAAAUUUCUUGCUGAGUAUGGAGAGUGUUUGUUCUCAAGAUGUUCCAGGAUCCGGCAGUGUGCGUCUGCAGUGGGAGCCGGUAGGGACCGAGGACGAGUCAGGGGCAGAUUUUGCCGUGACUGAUGUGUUGGAGCUUGGGAGAGCUUCAACGGGCCUUUCAGUUUGUCUGAUGUUAGGGCCGCUGCAAUAGGAGAGCUGAGGAAGAUUACUCGAUGUACAGGGAAUCGUGGUGGAUGGCAGUUGAUGGCUAUCAAGCCUCCAAGUGGGAGAAUGUUGGGUUU